AAACUUAACAUCCCCAAUUUUUUAUAUUUUUGUCACUGAAACUUAACAUCCCAUUGAAGUUAACAUCAUCCAAAGUGUAUAAGACCCAAAAGAGAGAGAAAAUACAAACACACACAUGCACAUUCAUAUUCCAUAAAUCUUCUCCUCUUCCACCAAAACAAAACAAAAUUAAACAUCAAACACUUCCAUUGGCCUCUCUUCCCUCUCCACUACUCCAAGAGAAUAUCUGAUUUUUGUAACUGAAGUCAAGUCACUGCUACGCAUGCUGCCUACAAAUACACACUCCUCGAUUUUCGCGCUAUCUACUCCAAUCAUCUAACCGCACCCCUCCACAUUACUAUUCUCACCACAUUUUUUUUGUCGUUUCAAUUCACUAACUCGAUCUGAAUUCUGAAGAAUUCCGAAGAAGGAAAAAAUGCUUACAUGCAUAGCACGUCCAAAGAAACUCGGCGACGACUCACUGAGUCGCGGAGACGAGUCAGAAUCGAACAACAAUGCAAAGAACAACAACGGAAUCAAAUCGCUGACGUGUCAGAUUAAAGACAUGGCAUUGAAAGCCUCUGGCGCGUACAAAAACUGCAAUCCGUGCGCUCCGGCGAGUCGACUCAGAAACGGAGGUUCCGAAUCGGAAACUGACUCGGAGCGGUUUCGGAGGACGAGGACAUGGGGGAAAGAGAUGGAAGCGAGGUUGAAAGGGAUCUCAAGCGGAGAAGGAACGCCAAGUUCGUCUUCUUCUUCGUUCGGCGGUGGUAGUGGUCGAAGAGUGGUGGUGCUUGAGGAGGAGGAGGCGAAGGAGUGGGUGGCGCAGGUGGAGCCUGGCGUUUUGAUUACUUUUGUGUCGCUUCCGCGUGGCGGGAAUGAUCUAAAGCGGAUACGGUUCAGUCGUGAUAUAUUUAACAAAUGGCAAGCUCAAAGAUGGUGGGCAGAGAACUAUGACAAGGUCAUGGAACUUUACAAUGUUCAAAGGCUUAACCGCCAAGCCUUCCCGCUUCCCACUCCAGCAAGAUCUGAAGAUGAGAGUUCAAAGCGUGAAUCAGUAGCAGACAGCCCUGUGACACCACCACUAACCAAAGAACAACUAUCACGCAAUUUAUACCGACCAACAGGAAAUGGAAUGGGAAUGGGAUACUCAUCCUCAGAUUCCUUUGAUCAACACUCAAUGCAGUCCAAACAUUAUCAGUAUGACUUGAGUGGUAUGAACUCAACACCAAAAGUGUCAACCAUUAGUGCUGCCAAGACAGAUAUUUCAUCAAUGGGUGCUUCUAUAAGAAGUAGUUCAUCUAGAGAAGCUGAUCGCUCUGGCGAUUUAUCAAUCAGCAAUGCUAGUGAUCCUGAUAGUGAAUGGGUUGAGGAGGAUGAACCUGGUGUUUACAUUACCAUUAGAUCUUUGCCAGGUGGCAAAAGGGAAAUCAGACGUGUCAGGUUCAGUCGAGAAAAAUUUGGUGAGAUGCAUGCUAGACUAUGGUGGGAAGAGAACCGUGCCAGAGUACAUGAACAAUACUUGUGAGACUUAUCAAAAGAUUAUUUGCUUCUAAUGGUUUACAAAAAGUGGAGGUGGUGCUAUUACUUAUUAAUUUUGUUUAAUUCUCUGUUUGCUACCUGAUUAGAUAUCAAACGGUGCUACUUGCACCUCUAUCUUUAGUUAGAGAUACCGGUGAAUCAAGCAAUUGUUAUUCUUGAAACUUAUGCGUAAUGGGUGUAAAUUAUAUAUAUAUAGCUGUUGAAAUUGGAUAUACAAAGAAUGAGUCAUGUACUCAUUACUUUUUUGUUCUUUAAGCAUUCAACUUCUACA